AUGUCUUCUGAAGAAUCCGAGUACACUUCCAUGGCACCCUCCACAAAUUCUCUCGGUUUACCACUUAUCAAGCAAGCAAUGGCAGAGGUACGUCACCUUAACCUGGACCUGGUCGUUCAAGAAGAAGAUUAUAAUGUCUACUAUGGUGGUAUAAGUAAUGGUCUAUUAUGGCCAGCCAUGCAUAAUUUACCUGAAUACAUCGUGCAGGACUAUGAUUCACCGAAGGUUUGA